AUGGCGAGUCAACAAGGCGAUACGGAUUAUGGGGACGGGGACAAGUACGGAGUGCAGGAUAUGCUGCUGUGCAAAGCACUGGCAGCUAAACUGCAGGGGCAAAGCCCGUCCGCGCCAACCAACCCCUCCCCCCUGGAGCGCCGCCAGUCCUCCUCGCGGAACCCCAGCUGGAAGGCGGGCGCGGGCGGAAGCUCCAAGGGGGGCGCGGGCGGAGGAGGCGGAGAAGGCGCAGGGGGAGUCGGCGGGGGGAAGGGCGGAGCGGAUGAGGGCAUGGGGAGGGCGGAUAGCGCACCUGAGGCAUCCGCGUUUAGCGUCAGUCAGGAUAGUAGCACAAGACCAACAGCAGAGGCAGCAGGCGGAGGGGGAGGUGGAGGCGCAGGGGGAGCUAGGGUUUCCGCCCAGGCCCCCGUUUCCCCAGGGCGGGGGGGGAUUGACCUUCCGCGCUCCCCCACCUCCGCCGCCUCCCCUGGUGGCGGAAGCGACUCCCAGGGGGACCUUUUGAACCAGCUGCUGCAGCAGAAGCAGCAGCAGAUGCGCCAGCAGGGGGGUGGCGGGGGAGGGGGAACGGGGGCGUUUGGGGGAAGCCAGCCGCGCCAGAUGGGGGGGAAGCAGGCGCAGUCCAGCAGCAGUGGCGCGGGGAUAGGCGCGGGGGGGAGCAGCAGCGGCGCUAAGGGCGGAAAGGGCGGAAUGUCUGUAGAGGAAAAGGUACUGGCGGAGUUAGUAGCAGCAGCGGCUGCAGGGAAGGGGAAGAUGGGGGAGGCGUGGGGGUCUAUUCUCGCCCAGGCGCAAGCGGAUCUGGGGAACAUCGAGCUCUCUGAUUCGCUGGGCGCGGAAGGGGGCGGGCGUGGGGGAGUGGGGGGCGGGGGGAACGGCGGGGGGGAGGAUAUGCAGGAGGGGAGCCGAGGAGGCGGGGGAGGGGAGAUGGAGGUGGAUGGUAAGGGGAGAGGGACAGGAGCGAGUGGUGGGGGAGCGUUAGAGGAGUCAGCUCAAAGCAGGCCGGGAACAGGGCAAAGCCGGGGAGGGGGAGCAGCAGCAGCAGCAGGAGGAGGAGCAGGAGGAGCAGCAGGGGGAGUAGGAGGCAGGCAGGCCACCAGCGAGAAAAAUAUAUUUAAUCUCCAAGCGAGUGCAGUGAAUGAUCUUUUAGAGGGGAUAAACAUAGCGGGAUUCGGCCUGAAUCUGGACACAUUAGAGUUUGACACGUCAGAAUCAGGCCAGUCCAGCUCAGUAUGCAUGAGCCCUGCCACAGCCGCAGAAGUCUCGGGCAGCAGAGCAAAACUUUCCUCCGCCAUGAGCCCUGCGGGGGCAGCAGCGGCUGGCAGCAGCCAAAAUAUUUUCGCGGGGAUGACCUCUAGGAGUCUCAACUCCCUUUCUCUGAAGAAAAACACCCCUGUGGGAGCCUCAGGCUCCCGUAGCGGCAUAGACGCAAAAGGAGGGGGAGUGACCCUAGGGGGGGGUGUUCUAGGGGGUCCCCUGGCGGGUCGCGGUUCCAGCCUGAACGCUGCUCCCUCCCGAACGUCUCUACAGGACCCGAAUGGGGUCCCCCUGGGGGCUGGGUCUAAUGGGGAGCCCCUAGGAGCAGGAGGGUCGGCAGCAGGGGGAGCAGCAGGAGGAGGAGGAGGGGGAGGGGGAGGUGGGAGUGGGAAGGAGAAGGCACAGGGGCGGCCGGCGGGGUGGCACGUGGGGCUGGAGCUUCUGCCCCUAGACACGCCCAUAGGGGAUAUGCCUUCCACCGAGGUGUUUGAAAACUCUGGGAAACGCAGCCGCGUUGCUCUCUCUCACAUCCGCACCUCCAGCGGCAGCUCCUCCCUUCCCGAGUCCGAGCAGAAGCAGCUGUUAGAGUUUGCCAGAAGCAGUGGUGUGCUUGGGAACAGCCCGGGUGGUCCGGGCGGGGGUGGUGGGACUCCUGGCGGGGGUGCUGCUGGGCUGGCGGGCGGGUCGAAUUGUUCGUCUGCCCGGACGCUCAGUCCUGCGCUGAGCACGGAUUCUGGGCGGUCAGGUGGGGGGGAGAGCCCAGGCGGGUUUACGUCUUCAGGUGGUUCCCCAGGUGAUGGGUUUGCGAAUUCUGUUUUCGAAGGAGGGGGGUCUGGAGGGUCUGGACCCACUUUCCCCUCAGACCCACUUUCCCCUCAGACUCACUGUCUUUCUUCCUCUCUUUCCUUUGAGUUUCUAAGGGACCUUGCGUCGAGACCGCAUCAGCCAGUGCAUGCGGGCGCUGUACGUCUUGGUGCCGAAUGCAGGGGUAUGGAAUCCCUUCCUCACUCCCCUCCCUCCUCUCCCCUCACUCCUCCCCGUUUUCAGCUUCGCCGGGACCGCAUCAGCCAGCGCAUGCGGGCGCUGUAUGACCUGGUGCCGAAUGCACGCAACACAGACACGGCAUCGAUGCUGGAUGAGGCCAUUCAAUACGUGCGCUCGCUGCAGGAGCAAGUGCAGACUCUGAAGAAGGAGAAGGGCGAGAGCCAGGGGACCUCGUCGGUCGGCACGGGCAGCCUGGGCCUGCCGGCAGACAGCAGCAAUGAGGGCGGCGAGGGCGGCACGAGCAGGAGCGCAGGGCAACAGAGCAUGGCACAGAGUAUGGGACAGAACCUCGCCCAGGCUGGGUAUGGAGGUACGGAGGACGGGUUUGGCUCGGAGAAUGAGGUAUGGGACGGGAGUGCGGCGCCUUCCCCCAUGGGCAGCGGAAUGGGCAGCGGAAUGGGCAGCCGAAAGGGUUCCAUGCAGCUUCUGGCUGAACGGCAAGGGAGUGGGGAGUUUGGGGGGGUGGGGCGGGUUGGAGAUGGGAAGGUGGAGGGAGGGUUGAGAGGGGUUGGGUUGGGUGUGGAAGGGUACAUGAAGGCUGAGCCAGAAAAUGAUGAUUUUGCUGAAGUUCAGGAGCUGGAGCAGCAGCAGCAGCAGCAGCAGCAGCAGCAGCAGCAUUAUAGUCACAACCAUCACAGUCACCAUGCACAUGCGCUAGCCCCCUCAGGCUCAGAUGUGGGUGUAACGGGUGCUGCUGCUGGCCUCUCACCACUAGUAGCGACAGCAGCAGUGGCUCCUGCUCAUGGGAGUGCUUUGGCAGGGGCCACUGGGGUGCUUGCAGCUGGUGGUUUGGUGGAUGGGGCAAAGGGCAGUAACCACGGUGCGCUUGUAACGGAAGCUGGUGGUGUUGCUGGUUUGGAGACUAUGAUAGUGGGUGGUGCGGAGGUGGAAUGGCCGAGUGAGAUUGAGUUGACUUUGGAAGAUAUGAACAUGGUGGACCUUGGUGGGUGGGACUUUGACUCCUGA